GGGCUGCCGGGUGGCGGCGGCCUUGCGCCCGCGCCUGGAGCAGCCGGGCCCCGCCACUGUGGGAGCUGCUGUCCGAAGGGGCCCUCCGGCGGCUGGAGGGGCCGUGCGGGCCGCGGGCCCCGGGGAGUCCCCUCCUACCGGACGCCCUGCGGCGGCUGCGGGACAAGGAGCGGGAGCUGCGGGACACCGAGAGCCUGCUGCACGAUGAGAACGAAGAUUUAAGGAAACUUGCAGAAAGUGAAAUAACUAUGUGCCAGAAAGAGAUAGCUGAAUUGAGGCAUCAGAUAAUCUUUCUUUUGAUUCCUUCAGAAGAAGCGGAUGAAAACGAUCUGAUCCUGGAGUUGACGGCCGGAAUCGGAGGUCAAGAAGCCAUGCUGUUCACUGCCGAGAUGUUUGAUAUGUAUGAGCAAUACGCAGCCUAUAAAAAGUGGCAUUUUGAAACACUGGAAUACUUUCCCAGUGAAAUAGGUGGCCUUCGCCAUGCAACUGCCAGCAUUGGAGGUCAUGAAGCGUACAAGCACCUGAAGUUUGAAGGCGGUGUGCAUCGCGUGCAGCGAGUGCCCAAGACCGAAAGGCAAGGCCGUAUGCAUACAAGCACAAUGACUGUCGCUGUAUUACCCCAGCCCACUGAGAUUAACUUGGUUAUACAUCCUAAAGAUUUACGGAUUGAGACCAAGAGGGCUAGUGGAGCUGGGGGUCAGCAUGUGAAUACCACUGACAGUGCUGUCCGGAUAGUUCACGUUCCAACAGGCAUUGCUUCUGAAUGCCAGCAAGAGAGAUCUCAACUGAAAAACCGGGAGAUGGCUAUGAAAAAGCUACGUGCAAAGCUAUACAGUAUUCAACUAGAAGAAGAGACCAGCAAAAGAUACAGUGCUAGAAAAAUUCAGAUUGGAACCAAAGGAAGAUCAGAGAAGAUCAGAACCUACAACUUUUCACAGGAUAGAGUUACUGACCACAGAAUAAAUAAAUCAUUCCAUGACAUUGAAGGUUUCAUGCUGGGAGAGCGACUAUUAGAUGAACUAAUAUGGUCACUAAAAGAAUAUUCAGAUUAUGAAGCUUUAGCAGAAGUGAUUUCGGAGAAGACAUAACUCUGAUGUAUAUUACAUGAAACCAUUACAGCUGGGAUUCUGACAUUAUUUCUGAAUGCACACAAGCCUUGUACUCAUGAAGAUCCAUAAAAUGCCAUUUUAAGCCGUACCUGUGUUCAUGAUCAUUCUGACAAGCUCAGUGACCUUCAGUUGAUACAGUUGCAGUGGUAGAGUAAAAGUACUCAAUGGAUAGUAAACUUGGUUUCCUUGUUUUGACUACCUUGUCCAGUAAUAUUUUCUUUUCCCUUCUAAAGUAUAGGCUCGUUAUUUUGUAGCGAAUGCUGUACAAGUUGUUCCUUGAGUCUAAAUUGGAGCAAGGCUUUCCAAUCAGAAAGCUUGGGAAUAAGAAGGGCAGCCUAAGGGCAGUUGUGAAUCUUAGCAUUUAACAAGUGAGUGCUUGGGUGAGUACAGUCGUUAGCAGACAAGACUGCUGCUCUCAAGGAGCUGACAAUUCAGUUGGGGAGACAGAUGACCUAAAAAAUAGCUAGGAGGUACCAUUAACAUAUUCAGACAUAUUAAAGUGGUUUUUCAGUG